UCGUCAAGCUCGUCCCCAGAAAACGAUAGCGUCUAUAUAACUAUCCUGGAGUACGGUCUGCAUCCUAUAUUCUCUCCGGAUUUCCGUACUAUACUCCGGCGCUGUUCCGCCGGCACCGGUUCACCGGAAAACCGCCAUUUUCCUGCGAGCAUUUGAGCUUCCGGAGAAGGGAAGUGAAAUGCAUUAGAGUCAAAACGAGGGAGAUUUUCUCUUUGUCCAUUGAGAUUUAUUUAUUUAUUUAUUUAUUUGAGAGAUUGUGUAGAAAUUUAGAAAGGUUUGCAAUGGCGCGAAUGUGGUGGUUGUUGGUAUGGGUUGCCGCGGCGGUGCUGUGCGAAGCGACGCCGUUUGUUACCGGGCGGGAGCGGGUGCACCGAAACGCGUAUGCUACCAUGAUGUACGUGGGGACUCCCAGGGAUUACGAGUUCUACGUCGCGACACGUGUCAUGCUCCGAUCGCUGGCGCGGCUCGGCGCCGAUGCCGAUAUCGUCGUCAUUGCCUCCAUGGACGUUCCUCUUCAUUGGGUCCAAACCUUUGAACAGGAAGAUGGGGCAAGGGUAGUGAGUGUCGAGAAUCUGAACAAUCCCUACAAAACCCAGAGCAAUUUUGAUUGGAGAUUUAAGUUAACCCUGAACAAGCUCUAUGCCUGGAGCCUAGUGGAUUAUGAGAGAGUUGUAAUGCUUGAUGCAGACAACCUUUUCCUUCAAAACACGGAUGAGUUAUUCCAAUGUGGCCACUUCUGCGCUGUCUUCAUUAAUCCCUGCGUCUUCCACACCGGGCUCUUCGUAUUGCAGCCAUCAAUGACAGUAUUCAAGGACAUGCUUCAUGAGCUGAAGGUUGGGAAGGAAAAUCCAGAUGGGGCAGACCAAGGUUUUAUUGGGGGAUACUUCCCGGAUUUACUCGAUAAGCCGAUGUUCCACCCUAAUCCAAAUGGCACCAAGCUUGAGGGGCAGUACAGACUUCCUCUGGGCUACCAAAUGGAUGCUUCUUAUUACUAUCUCAGACUCCGUUGGCACGUUCCUUGUGGACCUAACAGUGUCAUUACUUUCCCUGGUGCACCUUGGCUAAAACCGUGGUAUUGGUGGUCAUGGCCUGUCCUUCCUCUUGGCAUCCAAUGGCAUGAACAACGGCGCCAAACUAUUGGAUAUGGUGCUGAGACGCCUAUUGUAAUCAUCCAAGCUGUUCUAUACCUAGGAAUCAUGGCAGUGACACGAGUAGCGCGCCCCAAUCUCUCCAAGCUCUGCUAUCGUCGAGAAGACAGCAAGAGCGUCUUCUUAAUAAGGAGUGGCCUUAAAAUGAUUGCCAUAUGGUCCAUCCUUGCAGCCUACAUAGUCCCAUUCUUUGCUAUCCCUUGCACGGUUCAUCCACUCGUGGGGUGGAGUCUCUACUUGCUCGGGGUCUUCUCGCUCUUGUGCAUAGCAGCGAACGCGUUCCUCUUGCCAAUGCUUCCCGUUUUAGUCCCGUGGCUCGGGUUCCUUGGUGCCCUUCUGGUGAUGGCAUAUCCUUGGUACUCUAAUGGGGUGGUGAGAGCUCUAGCUGUCUUUGCAUACGCUUUCUGCGUGUCCCCGGUUGCCUGGAUUGCCUCGGGGAAGAUCUUGGCUUGCCUUAACGUGUCGGUGGAAAGGGAAGGUUUCUUGCCCAGGCUAGCUGAAUCUGCACCAUCUUCUGGCUUUAACAAGCUGUAUUGACAGUCUGGGAAGUUAGAGUUUUGACUGUAAGUGUGAGAAAUGAGAGUUUUUGACAGUCUGGGAAAUGAGAGUUCUUUAGAUGAAGGUUUAACUGUGCUGUGAUCCUCAACCUGUACAUACAGGCACUGACUAUGAUCAAUGCAUUGAUUAUUUUUGUAAUUUCUGCAACUAUUACACAGAUUCAUCAAAUUUUAAUACAGUAUAUAAUAAUGAUUGAUUUUUUUU